CGGCGGGCGCCUCAGUCGGGACAGCUGCGGCAGCAGAGAGGACCGAGGCUGCUGACCGCUGCUCCGACGCGGACCAGGUGGAGGGAGGGGCCGUCACUGAACAUUCGCCCACCAUGAAGCCCCCAGCAGCCUGUGCAGGAGAUGCCCUGGAUGUGGCGGCGCCAUGCUCUGCUGUGAACUACCUCCGGUGGGACCUGAGCGCCCAGCAGAUUGGGGAGCUCACCACAGAACUCAUCGAGCAGACAAAGCGUGUGUACGACCGCGUGGGCACCCAGGAGCUUCAGGAUGUAUCCUACGAGAACACGCUCAAGGCACUGGCUGACGUGGAAGUGUCCUACACAGUUCAGAGGAACAUCCUUGACUUCCCCCAGCACGUGUCUCCAUGCAAGGACAUCCGCACGGCCAGCACGGAGGCGGACAAGAAGCUGUCCGAGUUUGAUGUGGAGAUGAGCAUGAGGCAGGAUGUGUACCAGAGGAUCGUCUGGCUGCAGGAGAAGGUCCAGAAGGACUCACUGAGGCCAGAGGCGGCACGGUACCUGGAGCGGCUGAUCAAACUGGGCCGGAGAAAUGGGCUCCACCUGCCCAAGGAAACGCAGGAGAAAAUUAAGAGCAUCAAAAAGAAGCUAAGCCUCCUGUGCAUCGACUUCAACAAGAACCUGAACGAAGACACGACCUUUCUGCCGUUUACACGAGAGGAGCUGGGAGGGCUCCCCGAGGACUUUCUCAACUCGCUAGAGAAGACGGAGGAUGAGAAGCUGAAGGUUACCCUCAAGUACCCACACUACUUCCCCCUUCUGAAGAAGUGCCAUGUGCCAGAGACCAGGAGGAAGGUGGAGGAAGCCUUCAACUGUCGGUGCAAGGAGGAGAACUGUGCGAUCCUCCGGGAGCUGGUGAGGCUGCGGGCGCAGAAAUCCAGCCUGUUGGGGUUCAGCACCCAUGCUGACUACGUGCUGGAGAUGAACAUGGCCAAGACCAGCCAGGUGGUGGCCACUUUCCUAGAUGAGCUGGCCCAGAAGCUGAAGCCCCUUGGGGAGCAGGAGCGGGCUGUGAUCCUGGAGCUGAAGAAGGCCGAGUGCACCAAGCGGGGCCUUGACUUUGAUGGCCGCAUCAACGCCUGGGACAUGCGCUACUACAUGAACCAAGUGGAGGAGACACGCUACCGUGUGGACCAGAACCUGCUCAAGGAGUACUUCCCCAUGCAGGUGGUCACCCGUGGGCUCCUGGGCAUCUACCAGGAGCUGCUGGGGCUGACCUUCCACCUGGAGGAGGGUGCCGCUGUGUGGCAUGAGGAUGUGAUGCUGUAUUCUGUCAGGGAUGCAGCCUCAGGCAAAGUCAUCGGGAAGUUCUACCUGGACCUCUACCCGAGGGAAGGGAAGUAUGGGCACGCAGCCUGCUUUGGCCUGCAGCCAGGCUGCCUGCGGCAGGACGGGAGCCGCCAGAUCGCCAUCGCAGCCAUGGUGGCCAACUUCACCAAGCCCACGCCUGACGCGCCCUCCCUGCUGCAGCACGAUGAGGUGGAGACCUACUUCCAUGAGUUUGGGCAUGUGAUGCACCAGCUAUGCUCCCAGGCCGAGUUCGCCAUGUUCAGUGGGACACACGUGGAGCGGGACUUCGUGGAGGCACCCUCGCAGAUGCUGGAGAACUGGGUGUGGGAGGCAGAGCCGCUGCUCAGGAUGUCCCAGCACUACCGGACGGGCAGCGCUAUCCCGCAGGAGCUGCUGGAGAAGCUCAUCAAGUCCCGGCAGGCCAACACAGGCCUCUUCAACCUGCGCCAGAUCGUCCUGGCCAAGGUAGACCAGGCCCUGCACACGCAGACGGCCGCAGACCCGGCUGAGGAGUACGCCCGACUCUGCCAGGAGAUCCUUGGGGUCCCAGCCACACCAGGGACCAACAUGCCUGCGACCUUUGGCCACCUGGCGGGGGGCUACGAUGCCCAGUACUACGGCUACUUGUGGAGUGAGGUGUACUCCGCGGACAUGUUCCACACGCGCUUCAAGCAGGAGGGCAUCCUGAGUGGCAAGGUGGGCAUGGACUACAGAAGCUGUAUCCUGAGACCUGGCGGCUCCGAGGAUGCCAGCGUCAUGUUGAAGCUCUUCCUGGGUCGGGAUCCCAAGCAGGAUGCCUUCCUCCUGAGCAAAGGACUGCAGGUUGAAGGCUGCGAGCCACCAGCUUCUUGACAGCUUGGGGGUUUGGCGCACCCGCGGGCUGGGCCGUGCUCUCCCUGGCCCUGGUGCCUUAGCACCCAGCCAUGGCGGCCUCUAGCCCAGGGGUGGGGUGGGGGAAGGGCUCUGCGUCCCCCAGCCCCCUGCAGCGGCCUGGGCAGGAAGGUCUCCUCUGGAGGUGUCUGGUGAGCCUCAUCCAGGCUCUUCUUUGUUGCACUAACACAACUCCUUCCUGGGGAGUUUUCCUAGUUUAAAUGGGUUCUUUGAAAU